GAUAUAAAAUAUUUUUUAUAACACAACACCUUAUAAAUACCCUGAUAAAAUUAGCUACCUCACUCAAACUCAAUCAUUUCCAAUUAAAACGAUGAAUUGCCUUUCCCAAAACAGAAAAUGGAAUUCAUUCACAUUCAUAAACAUAAUUUCCAUAAUAUUUGUGGUUGAGGCUGUGAAUAUUUCAGGUGAUUUGAACGAAGAGUUCGAGGCUGACUGGGCGCCAGAUCACAUCGUCACUCAAGGCGAUCAGAUUUCAUUAUCCCUCGAUUCUUCUACGGGUUGUGGAUUUGAAUCGAAGAAGAAGUAUUUGUUCGGAAAAGCCAGUGCUCAACUGAAACUGGUCCAAGGAGAUUCAGCUGGAACAGUCACUGCUUAUUACAUGUCAUCACAAGGGCCGAAUCACGAUGAGCUAGAUUUCGAAUUUCUUGGAAACGUUUCGGGGGAGCCGUACAUUGUGCAAACAAAUUUGUACAUUAAUGGCAGCGGCAACCGGGAGCAGAGGCAUUACUUGUGGUUUGAUCCCAGCUUGGACUUCCACACCUACUCCUUGUUGUGGAAUCAACGCUCCAUCUUGUUUGUUGUGGAUGAUAUUCCCAUAAGGGAAUAUGUAAACAAGGAGAGGAAAGGCAUAGCGUAUCCGGGAAAACAAGCGAUGGGGAUAUACGGUUCAGUGUGGAACGCGGACGACUGGGCUACGCAAGGAGGGAGGGUGAAGACCAACUGGAGCAACGCUCCAUUCAUCGUCACCUUCCGUUCAUUGGAAAUCGAGGCGUGGCAGUUUUGGUGGGAUAAACCGGUGGUGAAGGAGACAAGGAGAAAGCAGCUCAAGUGGGUUCGUGAUAACUUCUUGGUUUAUGAUUAUUGUCGAGAUGUUGAUAGGUUUUCCCUGCAGGGUUUGCCCAAAGAAUGCCAUGCUUAAUGCUCUUGCUCUUGUGUUUGCAACUCAGCUAUAUAUAUAUAUGGUGUGGAAUCUA